GUGUUCACUGAUAUGCUCACACAAAAAUCGCUGCAAAAGAUGCUUUCCAACAGCUGUUUUAGCAUUCGUUGUUAACUUGUGGACCUAUUUUUCCAAACGACUCACACCCGUAUAUUCUUCCGCUUAGAGCUUGAAUAAUAGACACUCCAGCCCAGGUGGUGGCGCUAAUCCGCCUUUGCCAAUUGCAAGAAUAGAAACAAAGUUCCCGGCGCGGAGUAAUACCGUACCCCGCAGGACAUCUAAUACUAGUCAAUGGAGUUGGCAAAAACUACGAUAAAACCUGUUGGAAUGCGUAUUUUGCAGCGAUUUUUGUGUGAGCAUAUCAGUGAACACCCCUGACCACUCGUGUAUAGUAUACAGAUAUUGUCCCCAUCUGCAUUCGAGGGAAUGGAGGGAGGGCGCUUUGCUCUCUUAAUCUUCUGAGAGGGGCAAGAGAGUAUAAAAACCCCAUCAUCACCCAUUCACUGCUCUUACAGGAAGCCCAGCGUGGAUAUUUACUCAUCCACAGAAGACAUUAGUACUGAAUCUGGACCCAGCUUGUUAAACAAUAAACCAGUCAUUACAUUGUCCAGUCCAUUGUUACAUUAGUACUACAUCACGAGGAGUAAUUACUAAAAGAUCAUGAAUCUUGAAUUGCCCAAACCAGAGAUCAAGUCAGCCACCCGUGUCACCGGUGGCCCUGCAACACCACGCAAAGGUCCACCCAAAUUUAAGCAGAGGCAGACCCGUCAGUUCAAGAGCAAGCCACCAAAGAAGGGUGUGCAGGGUUUUGGAGAUGACAUUCCUGGCAUGGAAGGUUUAGGCACUGACAUCACUGUCAUUUGCCCCUGGGAGGCCUUCAACCAUCUGGAGCUUCACGAGUUGGCUCAAUAUGGCAUCAUCUGAGUCCUUCACCUUCCCAUCAUGCUACAGUUUAUUGUGGUCUCCACACCUCCAUUGGCUCCAAGUGGACUGUUCCUAUUUUCAUAACAAAAUAAAGAGCAACGUUUAAAACAAUGGAAAAAGAAAAAUUCACAAAAAGUGAUCUGAAUAUCCAUCCUUUUAGUUCCUGUUCUUUCUCACAGUCUCUGUUUACAGGUAGAUGCACAUCUCCUCUUUUCCCAUAAUCUCUUCUGUACUGUGUUCUUCUCUGUUUUUCAUGUGGAACACAAAACAGUGCAAGCAAGAUAGUCUUCAAGUGAAUUUAAACAAGCCACGUGCCCGUGAAAUGUCCUGCUUCUCAUUUCACAUGCCUCAGUGUCGAUCAUAGAGUUCUUAAAAAAAGAAUGAGAUAAGACAUCCCACUGAAUGAUAAUGAACACAGUUUAUAUUUAUAUAGGGGCAGAAAUUAGACCCUGGACCAGUGGUCUCCAACAUAGUGCCCACGGGCACCAGGUUGCCCGCACAGAGUCUGUGAGUUGCCGCCAAAGCACAUUC